AGAAGCACGGAGAAUGGCUCACGGUUUGGGGCUUCAUCGCCCCUGCGGUCCCCGAACCCUUUCCCCCGACCCCCCCAGAGGUCUCGGGGCUGUGCCCAGGGACAGGGGCUCCGGAUGCCAGAUGCUCUCCAUCCUCACGUCCCUAUGGAAGCUUGGAAAAGUCAGGUCUCUGAGGACACUGAAGCUAAAAAUGGGGACUUCGCUUUUGGGCGGCAAGCGGGGAGUCAGCCUUCGCGGGGUGGCGGGUGGGGAGGGAACGGGGACUCGGCGGCUGGCAGCCUGGGUCGGCACUACUGCGACAAAUCGGGACUCGGGACUCGUUCCCCUAAGCGCGAGGUGGGGGCUUAGCCUCUGGUAGGGCGGGUGGGGAUUCGGCCGCCGGCGGCGUAGACCGUCACUUUGUCUUGGAGUGGAAGGCCGGGUUAGACCUAGGAUCAAAAAUGCUGAAUUCCUUUACUGGGGUGAAAACUGCGGGAUCCGCCUCUGGAGGAAACAGCUGAGCUGAGCCCCUUGGGGACAGACGCGGACUAAGCCUCAGGAGCAGGAAGCCGGGAAGCGGGGAUUCCAUUCGACUCCGGAGAGGGGGACUCCGCUUUCGAAUGGAGAGCCGGGACCUUGGCCUCUGGGCCCCGCGGAAGAUCGGGAGCCAGCGGGCGCGGUGGCUCACGCCUGUCAUCCCAGCACUUUGGGAGGGGGAGUUCGAGACCAGCCUGGGUGACAGAGCGAGACCCUCGCUCAAAAUAAAAAUAAUAAGAGGGAAAGGCCAAGGCAGGGAGGGCGGGCUUGUUGCAGCGCCGGGGCUGGGGUCCGGGCUUCGGGUCGUCCCUGCACCUGGCUUCCUUCCUGAAAGGCCUCCAGACCCUCUGCGAAGGCCCCUUGGGCUCCCCCAGCGGGGCCCGCAGCCCUCGCCCGCGCCGAACCUGAAGAAUUGGGCCCGGAAGCUUGCGCGUCUCUGUCCUGGCGGUUCGGCCGGGCGCCCCCUGUUGGCCAAGUUGGGACUUGGCAUUGCGGGAAAACCUGCGAUUCGCCGCAAGCGCAGGCAGUGCGGGGACAGUCUGGAACCAGAACGCGAAACCCAGCCUCACGGUAGGAAGUGGAGACUUAGUGGACACUAGCAGGCCCACCUUCUUCAUUCCCUGCCUGCUGGGAGAGGACAAUCUCUUGAGAAAGGAAAGACUUCUGUGUUCCUGAGAACCUCCUAUCAGGUCCUGGCUGCAUGGAAACAAGAUGGGCUUUUUACAAUUAAGGUUGGAAGAAGUCACCACAGGCAGCAGAACUCCAUCUUGAGAUGAAAUAACAUCUACCUGGACCUCUGGCAGAAUUUCAAGGCACCCACUGGGCUGACUCUGGGGCCAUGAUGUUGUCUUAUCCUUCAGCACUGGGAGAUCAAUACUGGGAAGAGAUUUUGCUUUCAAAGAAUAGGGAAAAUGUAGAGACUAUGAAGAAAUUGACCCAAAAUCAUAAAGCGAAAGGCUUGCCUUCUAAUGAUACUGACUGGCCCCAGAAAAAGGAGGGAAAGGCCCAAAUAGUGGUACCAGUUACAUUCAGGGAUGUGACUGUGAUCUUCACAGAAGCAGAAUGGAAGAGACUGAGUCCAGAGCAGAGGAAUCUAUACAAAGAAGUGAUGCUGGAGAAUUACAGGAAUCUUCUCUCAUUGGCAGAACCAAAGCCAGAAAUCUACACUUGUUCCUCCUGCCUUCUGGCCUUCUCCUGUCAGCAGUUCCUCAGUCAACAUGUACUUCAGAUCUUCCUGGGCUUAUGUGCAGAAAAUCACUUCCAUCCAGGGAAUUCUAGCCCAGGGCAUUGGAAACAGCAGGGGCAGCAGUAUUCCCAUCUAAGCUGUUGGUAUGAAAAUGCAGAAGGUCAGGAGAGAGGAGGUGGCUCCAAACCCUGGUCUGCAAGGACAGAGGAGAGAGAAACCUCAAGGGCAUUCCCCAGCCCACUCCAAAGACAGUCAGCAAGUCCUAGAAAAGGCAACAUGGUAGUAGAAAUAGAGCCCAGCUCAGCCCAAAGACCAAACCCUGUGCAGCUAGACAAAGGCUUGAAGGAAUUAGAAACCUUGAGAUUUGGAGCAAUCAACUGUAGAGAGUGUGAACCGGACCAUAACCUGGAAUCAAACUUUAUUACAAACCCGAGGACCCUCUUAGGGAAGAAGCCCUACAUUUGCAGUGACUGUGGGCGAAGCUUUAAAGAUAGAUCAGCCCUCAUCAGACACCAUCGUAUACACUCGAUGGAGAAGCCUUAUGUGUGCAGUGAGUGCGGGCGAGGUUUUAGCCAGAAGUCCAACCUCAGCAGACACCAGAGAACACAUUCAGAAGAGAAGCCUUAUUUGUGCAGGGAGUGUGGGCAAAGCUUUAGAAGUAAGUCCAUCCUCAAUAGACAUCAGUGGACUCACUCAGAGGAGAAGCCCUAUGUUUGCAGCGAGUGUGAGCGAGGCUUUAGCGAGAAGUCAUCCUUCAUCAGACACCAGAGGACACACUCCGGUGAGAAACCCUAUGUGUGCCUGGAGUGUGGACGAGGCUUUUGUGAUAAGUCAACCCUCAGAAAACACCAGAGGAUACACUCAGGGGAGAAGCCUUAUGUUUGCAAGGAGUGUGGGCGAGGCUUUAGCCAGAACUCAGAUCUCAUCAAACACCAGAGGACACACUUGGAUGAGAAGCCUUAUGUUUGCGGGGAGUGUGGGCGAGGCUUUUGUGACAAGUCAACCCUCAUCAUACACGAGCGGACGCACUCUGGAGAGAAGCCUUAUGUGUGUGGUGAGUGUGGCCGAGGCUUUAGUCGGAAAUCACUCCUCCCCGUCCACCAGAGGACACACUCAGGGGAGAAGCAUUAUGUCUGCAGGGAGUGUAGGCGAGGUUUUAGCCAGAAGUCAAAUCUCAUCAGACACCAGAGGACACACUCAAAUGAGAAGCCUUUUAUUUGCAGGGAAUGUGGGCGAGGCUUUUGUGACAAGUCAACCCUCAUUGUACAUGAGAGGACACACUCAGGAGAGAAGCCUUACGUGUGCAGUGAGUGUGGCCGAGGCUUUAGCCGGAAAUCACUCCUCCCUGUCCACCAGAGGACACACUCAGGGGAGAAGCAUUAUGUUUGUAGGGAGUGUGGGCGAGGCUUCAGUCAUAAGUCAAAUCUCAUCAGACACCAGAGGACACACUGACGGGAGAAACCUGUGUAUGCAGGGGUCAUGAACAAGACCUGAGUGACCAGUCAAGCCUCAUGUUACCCCAGAGAGACACACAGGGAGUAGACCCUGUGUAUGCAUAUUGUGAGUGAAGUUCCAGAGAUAUGUCAACCCUUAUCAGGCAUGGGAGGGACACGUUCAGGAGAGGAGCCUUAUGACUAUAGAGUAUGGGCAACUGUAGCCAUCAGUCAGCCUUGAGCAUGCACAAAAGGACACACUUAGGAGAGAAUUUUAUGUGUAGGGACUGUGGGAAGGCUUUAGCAAUAAUCAACAUUUACCAAACAUCCAAUGACAUCCUCAGGGGAAAGCACCCUUGUCUGGGGAGUGUCGGUGAACAUCAGUAAAAGAAUGGACAGUCAGGCACAAAGUGGCCCUCGGGAAGGAGGUCUUGGUUUGCAGGAUGUAUGGGAAAAGCUUUUGUGAUCACACACCACAGGGAGAAUCUGCAUGUGGGGACACUGUGGAGCUCUGCCCAGAUGAUCUUUUCAGGGGUAACACCCCAGCUGCUUGAGACAACAGUGUUGCUGCUGGCAGAGAUGCAUUCCAGAGAUGCACUCUGCUCUGCAACUCGCUCUCAGCCACAGGGAGCUGCACACACCACAUGGGCAAUGCACCUUUGCAGGGGUAGCUUCUGGCCCCAACCCUUGACUCAACGGGGACAACUCCAGAAGGUCAUUCCAGAUCCAGAGAUACCCAUUGAACUGGAGGAUCACUGGGUUUCAGACACAUUGCAGGUCAGCCUCUUCCUCUGCCCAGUCCUGCCCUCACUCCCCAAUGAAUCCUCAAUUUUCCAUCUCAUUGUCUCUCCAGAUAAUUGAUUCUAAGACAUGUUAGGUAUAUAAGGAGUGUAUAUAAGGCUUCAGCCAUGAGUCACCCUUUAAUAAGCCCCAGAGUAUACAGAAUAGAAAUUCUGCAUGAGAAUGGACAAGGACUUAGGAAAAAGUACUCAUCAAAGAACAACUUUUUUGGGACAAGCUUUACAUGGGUGGGGAGGGAAAAUGUGAAACACAUUAGCAAUAAGUUAAACCUCAUCUUGUACUAAAGGAGGACACACUCAGGGAGAAGACCUCUGUGGGUAGGGCUUGUGGGUGGAGCUUCAUCCCGAUGUCACUCCUCAACUGACUUAGGAGGACAGUCUUCCUACCCCAAGUCACUACCUCACUCACCUCUGAGGGGUUUUCAGGAAAUGUCUUGACUCCUCCAUGUACUCUGUAUGUGAGCGAAGAUGGCAGCAUUCUUUUCUACUUCUUGGAAUCAGAUGAAAUAAAAAAGUAGGCUUUAUUUAAGUAAUCAAAAAA